AUGGAGGCCUCACGGCCAGUCAACCGCCUUAUGGAAGCCUACCCUCAAAAUAGGUUCUUUGGCUGCCACCCAGAACUCUCACGAACGUUGGCAGUGCGCCCUCAGAUUCCUACGGUCGGCACAGUACAUCAACAGACACACUACCAGUCGCCUUGGGCAGGGUUAUUUGACUACCUCCGGAAUACCGACUGGCUUAGUUUAACAUGUUCUCCUGUCCCGAUGAUCUCUAAUCCCUUCGUUACUAUGUUUCGGUCGUCCACUUGUCCCGUCCCUGACCUUUCGGCAACCCCACUUGGCCAGCGGCUAAUGUACCUGGAAGCAUUCGCGCAAAGCCAAAGAUACAUGCAAGAUCCUUCAGUUGCACUCUCUACCUCUCCCCUAGAUACCUCCCUAAAUCUCAUGGCCACACGAUUACAGAGGGAUUUCCCUCGCAUCACCGCCAUGUUUAGCUUUGACGAACUCAUUGCCGUAUGUGGGACCUACGUUCGCUAUGGCUCCUACUGGAAUGUGUUUAGAAAUGCGCUACAGACGGACGAGAUACUGCUUGUUGAUUCAGCUUAUUCGUUCGACAUGGACAUGCCAAAAACUACAUUUGAGAGCGCUCAGCAGAUUUGGCUAUGCCCUGAGUUUGGGUUGAAGCAAUUCUGCCAGAAAUUAUCCGGCGUUAGCCAGAUGAUAUCCGACCUAGCUCGAACCGAGCAACAUUCAGAAGCGCGAGCAUUUCUUGCUGCUAAGAUACCCGACCGCAUCGAAGAAGUUCUUGGGCCGCGGAUGUCUCCCACCACAAUACACAACUACCCUUCCCCUUACUUCCCACCUGAUACGAUGACGAGCUCUCCCGUGGAAUUAACAGACGGAGACGUGUAUUCACCGUCCACCUCCACUGGCGGCGACGGGUCCGAUGACGGCUAUUCAUUAGAUGGGAGGGGCUUUCAACCCAUGACGGAAAAUGGCCGCUAUAAUGAUGCCCGCUUUUGGGUUAAUUAA